AUGUUCCCAUCGUUUUGUGGGGCUAAUGAACAGCACAAUACGUUUGAAACCGGGCUUCCGAAUGUUUCGAUAUGUGUCCAACACACGUUGCUCGUCUGGCUGCCCACCAUCUUUUUCGUGUGCUCUGUUCCAUUUCUAGUUUCUCAAUGCCAUCUGAACGCCCAGCGAUUCGCUAGGCUACCAAUUAGCUUCAUUUUUGUAUUUAAAAUCAUGCUAUCCGCGUUUCUAGCAAUUAAUUCAUUAUGCGUCUGGUGUUACGUUCUAUUCUCAUCGCAAUCAUUCCCGGGUGCAUAUUACGUGUACCCCGCAUGUCUACUCUUGGUCUAUACUGCCACAACAUUACUUCAUUUCGUCCGUCUUCGGUGUGGUCUCGUUAGUUCAGGUGUCCAGCAUAUCACUGCACUUAUUUUUCUUAUCACCGGCGCUCCUGAGUUCUAUCAGUGGGUGCGAUCAGGCAACGAGAGUAAUCAAGUAUUAGAUUCAUUUCUGUGCAUCGCCUAUCUUUCAUACUACCCGGCUCUUUUUGUGUACACAUUCCUGCUCUCUUUCGCCGAUCCGCGAGCCGAAAAACAUGCCGACGGCCAGAGUCCUGAACUUCAGAGCUCAUUCUUGAAUCGUCUCACUCUCUGGUGGUUCAACAGGGUUCCAUGGAUUGGCGCCCAACGGAAUUUGGAGUUGGAAGAUGUCUUUGAGCUCAAUGAUCGCAGCAAAUCGGAGCAUCUCAACGAGCUGUGGGAAACGUUCUGGGAGCCGAAGCGACAAAAAUACAUUCACGACAAAAGCAUUUGGAGCAAGAAUCAGGGCAAACCUGUCGAGCAGCCUUCUGUUGUCGCCACGCUGUUCAGAAUGUUUCGAUGGGAAUUCCUGUUGGCUUCUAUUCUCAAAUUCACUUCAGAUACUAUGCAGUUUGCAAGUCCUUUCCUUUUACACGAACUUUUGAGCUUUGUCUCAUCACCGAAUGCUCCGUUCUGGAAAGGAGCCGCUUUGAGUAUACUCAUGUUCGCCUCAUCUGAGACGCGCUCACUUCUUCUCAACUCAUAUUUUUACAUCAUGUUCCGUAUGGGAAUUAAGAUUCAAACCGCCCUUACAGCAGCAGUUUAUAAGAAAACAUUAUGCAUUUCAAAUUCUGCCAGACGCGACAAAACUGCAGGAGAAAUCGUUAACUUGAUGGCUAUUGAUGUUGAAAGAUUCCAAAUGAUCACACCCCAAAUUCAGCAACUCUGGAGUUGUCCUUAUCAGAUCACAUUCGCAUUGGUUUAUCUUUUCAUAACCCUUGGAUAUUCUGCUGUCCCAGGAGUCAUCAUUAUGAUCAUUUUUGUUCCAAUGAACAUCAUCAGCUCAAUGAUUGUAAGAAAAUGGCAAAUGGAGCAGAUGAAAUUGAAAGAUGAACGUACCAAAAUGGUCAACGAGGUUCUCAACGGCAUGAAAGUUGUGAAGUUGUACGCCUGGGAGAUUCCCAUGGAGGAGCAUAUCGAGAAUAUUCGAAAGAAGGAGCUCCGGCUUAUUAAGAAGGCAGCAAUUGUUAGGAACACUCUGGACUCAUUCAACACGGCCAGUCCAUUUCUGGUGGCGCUUUUCUCAUUCGGAACUUUUGUUUUGUCAAAUCCGAAACAUCUUCUGACACCACAAAUUGCAUUCGUUUCCCUAACUUUGUUCAAUCAGCUAAGAUCGCCGAUGACGAUGAUCGCAUUGUUGAUUAAUCAGAUUGUCCAGGCGGUGGUGUCGAACAAGCGGCUGAAGGAUUUUCUCGUCGCCGAUGAAAUUGAUGACAAAUGUGUGGAGAGGAACUCGAAUAUUGAUAGGAACCCAGAUGUUAUAAAAAUGGAAGAUUUAACGGCAUCGUGGGAUGGUGACAGUCAAGGGCAUGCGACAUUGGAAGAUAUUAAUCUUAAAGCUAGCCGGAAGGCUCUUGUUGCGGUUGUGGGAAAAGUUGGAAGCGGAAAGAGCAGUCUACUUCAAGCAAUGCUGGGAGAGAUGGGAAAACUGAAAGGACGAAUUGGACUCAGUGGCAAGGUUGCCUAUGUCCCUCAACAGCCUUGGAUUCAAAAUAUGACUCUUAAAGAUAAUAUCGUUUUCGGGAAACCGUUUGAUAGAAAAAAAUAUGAUGAGGUGCUUUAUGCUUGUGCCUUGAAAGCUGACAUAAAGAUCCUGCCAGCUGGAGAUCAAACAGAAAUAGGAGAAAAGGGUAUCAACUUGUCGGGAGGUCAGAAAGCACGAGUUUCUUUAGCUCGCGCGGUCUAUCAGAAUCUUGACGUUUAUCUUCUUGAUGAUCCGUUGUCUGCUGUUGAUGCUCAUGUGGGAAGACAUAUUUUCGAAAAGGUGAUUGGUCCAAACGGACUGCUUCGUGAGAAAACGAGAAUUCUGGUGACCCAUGGUUUGACUUAUACCAAAUUUGCCGAUGAGAUUAAUGUGAUGGAUGACGGCGCAAUUGUCGAAACUGGAACUUACAACGAGCUAAUAAAGAAGCGCGGAAAAUUCUUUGAGUUUGUGGAAGAAUACAAAUCAUCGGAAUCUCAGGAAAAUGAAAGUGAUGAAGAAUUUGAGGAGAUUAUUGAUGAGAAAGAUUACAUGAAUUCUGAAGAUGUGUCACUAACGAUUGCUAACGAACUAAACGAUAGAGUUAAAACGCCCGAGCUUACCACUCAACUUUCAUCAAUCUCUUCUCCUGAAAAAACAACAGCCAUUGACAACAAGCUCAUCAAAAAGGAAGACGUUUCUUAUGGAAAGGUGAAGCUGCGGACAUAUCAGCUCUACGUCAAAGCGGCCACCUACCAUCUCUCAAUACUAUUUAAUAUGUUUUUCGUGUUCUACAUGAUAUUCCAAACUCUUCGCAGCUUCUGGUUGUCGGCAUGGUCCGACGACUACGAUCCAGAUGAUCCGUCGCCGAAUCCGAUGGCUGUUGGAUGGAGGUUGGGAGUUUACGGAGUAAUUGGUGUUGGAGAAGCGUCAUGCUUCUUUUUGGCCCUUUUUACAUUAGUUUUUACCGGUCAACGAGCCUCAAAAAAUCUUCACUCACCAUUAAUCCAUAAUUUAAUGCGAUCGCCGAUGUCAUUUUACGAUACCACACCACUUGGAAGAAUAUUAAAUCGUUGUGCAAAGGAUAUUGAAACUAUCGAUAUGUUGCUGCCAAUGAACUUUCGCUAUCUGGUCAUGUGCGUUUUGCAGGUCAUUUUCACAUUGAUUGUCAUUAUCAUAUCUACUCCAUUGUUCGCUGUUGUCAUUGUCCCAAUUUCGGUGGUGUAUCUCAUUUUCUUGAAAUUCUAUGUGCCGACUUCUCGCCAAUUAAAACGUCUUGAAAGUGUCUACAGAUCCCCAAUAUAUUCACAUUUCGGCGAAACGAUUCAAGGAGUUGCGACGAUUCGAGCUUUUGAAAAGGUUUCCGAGUUCCGCACCCAUUCCGGCAAUAUUGUCGACAGAUUUAUUCGAUGCAAAUACUCGAAUGUUGUGUCGAAUCGAUGGUUGGCUGUGAGACUUGAACUUGUUGGAAACAUUAUUAUCUUCUUUGCUGCGAUCUUCGCGGUGCUUUCGAAGGAGUUUGGAUGGAUUUCGAGUCCGGGAGUUGUUGGAGUUUCCAUUUCAUACGCGUUGAAUGUUACUGAGGUGCUCAAUUUUGCUGUGCGGCAAGUUAGUGAAGUUGAAGCGAAUAUUGUGGCGGUUGAACGUGUUGACGAGUACACGAAAACGCCAAAUGAGGCGGCCUGGAGAAUUGACGAAACUGCCCCAGACAAGAGCUGGCCGCAAAACGGAGUGGUCAAAUUUGAUCAAUAUUCUACGCGAUAUAGAGAAGGCCUUGAUUUGGUUUUGCGGGGAAUUUCCGCCGACGUCAAGGCUGGAGAGAAGAUUGGAAUUGUGGGAAGAACUGGAGCUGGAAAAUCAUCAUUUGCUCUUGCACUUUUCCGAAUGAUUGAACCCGCCGGUGGUCGGAUUCUUAUUGAUGGUGUUGAUGUCUCGAAAAUCGGACUUCAUAAUCUCCGGUCAAGCAUUACCAUUAUCCCACAGGAUCCCGUUCUCUUCUCAGGAUCGCUUCGAUUCAAUCUGGAUCCAUUCGGUCAGUACACGGAUGAAAAUAUUUGGACAGCAUUGGAGCUCGCCCAUCUUAAGUCAUUCGCUUCUUCUUUAUCCGGGGGUCUUUCUUAUUCAAUCAGUGAGGCUGGAGAAAAUUUGAGUGUUGGUCAACGACAGUUGGUGGCUCUUGCUCGUGCUCUUUUACGGCACACUAAGGUUUUAGUGCUGGACGAAGCUACAGCGGCUGUUGAUGUCACAACAGAUGCUUUAAUUCAAGAAACCAUCAGAAGCGAGUUCAAGGAUUGCACAGUGUUCACAAUUGCUCAUCGAUUAAACACUAUCAUGGAUUAUGAUAGAAUCAUGGUAUUGGACAAGGGCCAAAUCCUUGAAUUUGAUUCCCCAGAUGCUCUCAUGGCUGAUAAGAAUAGUGCUUUCGCGAAAAUGGUGGCCGAUUCACAGCAGGAGCAGGAGAAGUGA